CACGUGAUACCCUGCGGCGCGCUCCGCUGUGCACCUGCAGAGAGAAGAGGAGAAGGAGGAGUGGAGUUUGGAUGCCUCGGUCGAGCUGGACUGCCGCUUUUCACUCGAACUCAGCAUAAGUUCUCCAACCAAGUUUUACUGAAGAAGUCGUGGAAUAGCUGGGACAGGAAUGGAGCUUUCGUCAGGCCGGUUUUGCUGUGUACUGUUGAGCCUCCUUGCAGGUUUGGCCUCUGGUCUAGAGAUCACGUCUACGGCGCCGACAUCCAUAGAGAAGGCCAGCGGGCAGAGUGUGAAGCUGGACUGCCAGUUCACUCUGGCCGCGGAAGAUUCUGGACCGCUGGAUAUUGAAUGGAGCUUGUUGUCCUCUGACAACCAGAAAGAGGACAAAGUGGUGAUCCUGUACUCUGGUGACAGGUCCUACGAGGACUACUAUGACCCAAUGAAGGGUCGAGUCCACUUCAACUCGGCCGACCCCAAGAAUGGCGACGCCUCCAUCAACCUGACGGGGCUGAAGUCGUCCGACUCGGGCACCUACCAGUGUAAGGUGAAGAAGGCUCCCGGCAUCCGCAGCAGGAAGAUGCUGCUGAUCGUCAUGGUGAAGCCAUCCAAGCCCAGGUGCUACGCCGAAGGCCCCACACAGGAAGGCAAAGACAUUGUGCUGAGGUGUCUAUCUAACGAGGGCACCAAACCCCUGCAAUACAGCUGGGAGAAGACCAGUGACAGCAAGCUGCUGCCCAGCUCCGCUGUGAUGGAUCCAGUGGGAGGCACCAUUAACGUGAGGAACGCAUCUGCCAGCACAUCUGGCACCUACCGCUGCACUGCCAAUAACCGUGUUGGCUCGGAGGAAUGUAUUCUGUAUCUCAACGUGACACCUCCCCCCAACACUGCAGGCAUCAUCGCAGGAGCCAUCAUUACUGUACUCCUGAUCCUCCUCAUCAUUGCCAUCAUCCUCUUCUGCUGUUGCCGUGCCCGUAACAAGAAGAAGUAUGAGAAGGAAAUCUGCAAUGAGAUAAGAGAGGACGUGCCCCCUCCUAAGAGCCGUGUUUCGAUGGCGCGCAGCUUCACCGUGGGCAGCCAGCGCUCCUCGCUGGGCUCCAUGUCACCCUCCAACCUGCACGAGUACGCCCUGAAGCCCCAGUACGACAAGAUUCCCUCGUCGGAGGAGUUUGAGAGGCCUCCGAGCCAUGCCCCUCUGCCCCCGCCCACCGCUGCCAGGAUGGGCGGCCCCAACCUCAGCCGCAUGGGGGGCAUCCCGGUCAUGAUCCCUGCCCAGAACAAGGACGGCUCAAUCGUCUAGCCUGUCCUCGAGAAGUGGCCGCGCAACGAGGGGAGGGAUUGGAGGAAGGGAGUAGGACACAAGCCACUGAAGAUGGAGCAAGAGCUGGGAUAGGGCUAACUCGCCUGACAUUUAGCUCUUCAAUAUUUACAAACGGGAGUACACUCCUCUUAUAAAGGCCUGGCUCUGCUUUGGGGCUGAGAAGAGAAAUUGAAUUGUACUGGAAACACAACAGAGCACAUUAACUUUUUAUCAAAUAUAAAUACAAAAAACUUUUAUGAAUUUUACUUCCUGGACUUUCUCACUGAAAAAUGAAUUGGGGUGGAUAUAAAGCAGAAUGGUCAAUAUACAAAUUAUAUUGUACAUAACGUGAAUGCAUGUUUUUUUUUUUUUUGUUUUUUUUUUUUGUUUUUUUUUAUAUAGAUGGCCCUUGCGGUAGAGAUACUCUAUGUUCAAAACAGAUCCAGGCCCCUAAUUGGCCAGCUUUACAGCUGUAUGCAUGUAUGUAUAAAAUUGCAGCCGUAAGCGUGUGUGUGAAUAGAAGUUAUGUUUGUGAAUGGGAGUUCUGGAAAUGUAUAGUUCAUUUAUCGUCUUUUAAUGCCUACAUGAUGAUCAUUGGUCAGGAAAUCCAGUCACUAGUUGUUUUUCUGACAUCUGUAAUUCCAUAAAUGUAUUGUAUAUGACCUUUUGGAAAAAUGGAAAGACACUUAUUACAAGAAAAUUCACCAAUUUGAAUUAGUCCUUCAACUGAGUUGAAAAAGGUCUAUUUAGGUCAGCCCUUUUCUGUUGAACCGUUUGCUGUUUGAAUUGGCUGAACAGGAUUGGCUGGUGGUGAGGGGAGGGUCAGACCGCAACCUCUUGUGAUUGGGUGGAUUAUUGCUUCUUGACUAAGCUUAAAAAACAAUAACCGCCAUCGCUCCUCCAGAGAUCUUAGAGGAGGUAGUGUAUAGGGAAAUAAGGGAGGCAGCUGGACAGCUAGGUUCACUGAGCAAUCAGCUUUGAUUGUGUUUGACUGGCCCCUAAACCCUGUGACCACCAGAACAUCCUCCCCUAACACACACACACACACACACACACACACACCCCAUAUUAGCAGGACAAGAGCACCCAGUCUUAAUUCAUCAUCUGUAGUAUCAGUCACCCCCCCCCGCCCCCCCUCUCAGAUGUCCAGCAUAUGUAAUCCUCCUUAUUUUUAGUCUCAUUCCAAGGGGCCAAUAUCUUGUUUAACCUUCUCUCUGUGGUCAAUAUGAAAGCUUUCAUGGCUUCUGUAGCAUUAAUUGGACCUUUUAAUGAAGGAUGUUAAGCCGGCCUACAUGAAGAAAGGGCCCAUAAAGAGGACCAAAUGAGAAAAGCCUUGGAAUGCUGAAUUGUACUGCUCUGCAUUCACUUUACAACCCCUUUGGUUUGAGUUCAUUGUGCAGUCUCAGUGCUGGAUAAUAUAAAUGUCCUUUCAGUCAGUGGAUGUUUCUGUAGGUGAGUCCUUGCAGAUUGUGGGUUAUUCUACUCUUAAAUAAUGCCCUUUCUUCCAUUGUUUGCAAAACUGUUGGAAGCCCAAUAUCUAAUCUCGUCUGCUACUUUACAAAGAAAACCAGUAUGAAUACUUGGAGUGUGUUUCUUUUUUGCUCCAGCGCCUUAUUCUAUUCCUUAUUGUAGCCUUACACACCUCCCCUCAGUUCACCUCUGCACAACCCUAACAGCUACUUCUAUUGUGCCUUGUUGCCCCAGUUGAGUUGUGCCGUAGCAUAUCCGCCAACGUGUGCUAUGUGCAGUAGCAUCAUCCCAAAUGGCCAUCGUAGGCCACGGCCUCUAGAACAAUAUAAUAAUCAGUUAUAAUAUAAUAGUCAGUACACAGUGAGCCUAUUGAUUGUUUUCUGUUCAGGUCAAGUCUAGGAUUUCCCACACCCACUCACUGCAUACAAAUUCCCCCAUAGCUUAACACAACUUUUAUCAUUGUCUCGAAGCUUGGGUUUUUUAUUCCAUAAGGUGACCAUGUUUUUUAAACUUUAUUUAAGGUAAAUUGAUGUGCUUUUUUUGGUUCUGGCUGUAUGUAUAAAUGUCCUGUCAAAGUAACCUUAUCUAAUCACAACAGUUGAAUGAUGGCGUUUGUAUGUAUAUGUGAUGCUCUGCCGUGCUGUGCUUGGCAAAUCUAUAUCUAAAACAAGAGGAGGGACGGUGUGGGUCUUUUCACAGUUUAAAUGUUCCGUAGUAUGAUUGGAAAUUUCUGGCAAUGUGUGAGUGAGUGUUCUGUAACUUCCUGUGUGAAUUCUGGGAUCUAAGGGGACGUGACUGCUAAGACAAAGAAAUUACAUCUGUCAGUUUCUCUUAAACGUGUGUGUGUGUGUGUGUGUGUGUGUGUGUGUGUGUGUGUGUGUGUGUGUGUGCGUGCGUGCGUAUUGUACAUGAAGGGAGUUUGCGGUCAGGAUGGGCCCCUGUAGAAGUCUAGUUAGAUUUCCACCUGCUGACAAACUGUACAGAGCUCUAAGAGAGAUGGUCCUGUUACUGUCCCUCUGUGUGCUCAGAAGAUUAACUACUAACAACAAUAUUAACUGUAGCUUUGAAAUCAGCGUACUAAUAUUGUAUGAAGAUCUCCUUUGAGGUUUGCACACUGUGUGAAAACCAGUUUCUUUUUGUGUGUAUUUUUUGUGCUGUUGUUUUUGAAUAAUAAAAGUCCAUGAAAUUAAGAA